AUGGGGAGCGACGGCGAUGGCGACGGCGAGGCGGGGAUGCGGAUGCAGCUCGUGUCGGGGACGGGCGAGUUCGAUCGCGAGGGGCUCGAGCGAUUCGCGCGUGCGACGCGGAUGACGGAGUGCGGCUUGUCGUACGCCGUCAUCGCCAUCGUCGGACCGCAGAGCAGCGGCAAGAGCACGCUGCUAAAUCACCUCUUCCACACGACCUUCGAUGAGAUGGACGCGCUCAAGGGCAGGCGGCAGACGACGCAGGGCAUCUGGGUGGCGGAGGCGCGCGGCAUUCGGCCGUUCACCCUCGUGCUGGACAUCGAGGGCACUGACAGCCGCGAGCGCGGCGAGGACGACACCACGUUUGAGAAGCAGAGCUCGCUCUUUGCCCUCGCUGUCGCUGACGUCAUCAUCGUUAACAUGUGGUGCCACGACAUUGGUCGAGAGCAAGCCUCCAACAAGCCAUUGCUGAAAACGGUUUUUCAGGUGAUGAUGCGCCUGUUCUCGCCGCGCAAGGCCACGCUGCUCUUCGUCAUCCGCGACAAGACCAAGACCCCAAUGGAGACACUCGAGCCCAUAUUGAGGGAGGACAUUCAAAAGAUAUGGCAGAGCGUACCCAAGCCGCAGAAGCAUCACGACACACCCUUUGCUGACUUCUUCAAUGUGGAGGUCACAGCUCUGCCCAACUUUGAGGAGAGAGAGGAGGACUUCAAGAGCCAGGUAGCACGGCUGAGGGAGCGGUUUCAAGACUCGGUGGUGGAGGGGCGGGUGGCGGGGGACCGGCGGGGGGUGGUGCCGGCAUCGGGGUUCCCCUUGAGCGUGGCGGAGAUGUGGCGCGUGAUCCGCGAGAACAAGGACCUCGACCUGCCCGCUCACAAGGUGAUGGUGGCCACGGUGCGCUGUGAGCAGAUCGCCGCGGAGAAGCUCACCCAGCUGCAGGAGAGCGAGGAGUGGGUGGAGCUACAGGCAGCAGUGGAGGCGGGCAAAGAGGCGGACCACUUCGGUGGGCGGGCGAACGAGCUCGCAGCUAGUGCUCUUGCCAUGUACGAUUCGGAGGCGGCAUACUUCGAGGAGGGAGUGAGGGACAGCAAGCGCCAGUUCCUGCUCAAAGGCAUGAGCGCCCUCAUCCGCCCAGUGCACACGGCAGUGGUGGCGGCGGCAGCAGCUCGCUGCUUCGAUUCCUUCAAGAGGGACCUGGACGAAGAGACAGGGGGGCGAGAGGGCAGCGCUGCCUCCUUUGCCAACUCCUCUGCUGCGUGCCUGCAGGCUGCUGCUGUCUCCUUUGACUCCGAUGUUGAGGACGCUGACGUGGCGCUGUUCAAUUGGUCGGUGGAGGACGUGACGGCGAAGCUCAUGGCUGAUAUGGAAUCCCACGUGGCGUUGCUGCGAUCACAGAAGCUCAAACAGAUCGUCACGGAUGCAGAGGCGUCCCUGUCAGAGGCAAUCUCGGAGCCCAUAGCAGCGCUGCUAGAGGCAGUGACGGACAACACGUGGCGGGACAUCCGAGCCGUGUUCUUCCACCAGCUGGACGGCGCAUGCAGCGACGUGGAGCAGGCCGUGGCGGGGUUCCAGCUGGGGGACGACGAGCACACACGGCUCAAGGGCGCGGUGGAGGCGGCGGGGAGGAAGGUGGUGGAGGAGCGGGUGAAGAGGGAGAGCAAGCAUGCGCUGUCGCUCAUGAAGGACAGGUUCUUCGUGGUGUUCUCGCAGGACGACCAGGGUCUGCCGCGCAAGUGGACGGAGGGAGACGACAUCAAGGCCAUUGCCUUCGAUGCUCGCAAGGCGGUGAGGCACACAGGGAGGGAGGCCGUGAGGCACACAGGGAGGGAGGGGGUGAGGGGGGGUAGUGUGGGGAGGGUAGGUGGUGAAGGGGGGAGAGGUGGUGAAGGGGGAGAGGAGGUGGUGAAGGGGGGGGAAGGUGGUGAAAAGGGGGAGGAGGAGGGGGGGGGGGUUGCUGAGCUGCCGAAACCCUGUACCCUGAAUUGCGCUUGCCGAGCAGACGUCGUCCACCUCCGUAUCUCCCCUCCCCUUUUCCCUCCCUGCUUUCCCUUCCUUUUUCUCCCUUACUUUUUCUCCCUUCCUUUUUCUCCCUUCCUUUUUCUCCCUUCCUUUUUCUCCCUUCCUUUUUCUCCCUUCCUUUUUCUCCCUUCCUUUUUCUCCCUUCUUUUUUCUCCCUUCCUUUUUCUCCCUUCCUUUUUCUUCCUUCCUUUUUCUCCCUUCCUUUUUCUCCCUUCCUUUUUCUCCCUUUCCCUCUUUGCCCCCUUCCAUCCUUCUUUCCUCUUGCCUCCUCUUUCUCCCCGGUCUCCGCCCCAUCAGGCGCUGCGGCUGCUGGCAGUGGUGGCGGCGAUGCGCCUGGACACGGUAGACGACUCCAUCGAGCCCACGCUCUUGUCUCUUCUGGGGGAGGGCGCUCCUGGGGAGGGCGGUGACUCGUCUCGGACCCAGGACGGGGAGUCGGGGGAGGGGGACGGGGAAGUAGAAGGGGAAGGGGAAGGGGAAGGGGAAGGGGAAGGGGAGGGGAAGGCGGGGAGCAGGAGAGUGCAGCGGGUGUUCACGUCGGCAGGGCUGCUGGCGGCAAGCAAGUGGGAAAAGAUCGCCCCCGACUGCACGUUCCUCACACCCGGGCAGUGCCGAGCGCUGUGGGGCAAGUUCAAGGCGGAGACUCAGUACGUGGUGGCCCAGGCCAUGCAGACGCAGGAGGCGAGUCGGCGCAACAACGCGUGGCUGCCCCCGCCGUGGGCCAUCCUAGCCAUGGUGGUGCUGGGAUGGAACGAGUUCAUGGCUGUGCUCAGGAACCCCGUGCUGCUGCUACUGGGAGUGUUUCUCUUCUUCAUGGGGCGGGAGGUCAUGUCUCAGCUAGACCUGGGGGGCAUAUUCGACAACGGCAUGGUGCCUGGGCUGAUCACCCUGGCAGCGCGGGCAGGCCCCAUCAUCAUGGCCGUGCUGCGGCGCCUGGGCGAGCAGGCAGAGGCAGCUCUCACCGCGCACAACGCCCCUGUGCCGGGGCCACUGCGCCCCAACUGGCGCAGCGAGGGGGACGAGGAUGGGGGCGAUGUGGCUAUGCGGGAUUUCAGCGCGGGGAGCAGUGGGGAGGGGGGGCUGAGGCAACGCGGGAGCAGGCGCGAGGGAGAGGGCAGGUGA